CUCCCUCUCUCUCUCUCCCAGGCAGAGGCAGAGGUGCUGCUCUGGCCUCUGCUGCUCUCUGCUCCGCUUUGGGAACAAGCGGCAGUGGAUUAAAGCGCUUCCCUAACAUUAGCUGCUCGGCUAACGGGUCUGAUGGAGUUAUGAGAGCGUGGAGCGGCUGAAAGUUUGUGCUGAGCAAGGACUCUGGGACUUUAAUGCACGGGACACAACUCAACACAAGCUUCGGAACAUGCCGUCGCCCCCAAAGGGAACUUUUCCCUAGAAACUCCACUUGGGAAAGGCUAGCUCUGCUAGCGAGGCUACAAACUAUUUUUAAUUGGCUUUAGGCUCAAUGGCUGCUGCUUACUUUGGCCGAUCAUAAGGACAGCGGACAGACCGUGAGCGGGGACAAACCCCGUGCUCUUCAUGACAAACCAAAGGACCGCUUGGAACACAAACUUGGUCAGACUGUGCUGGAGGAAAGGGACCCAACAUGAAGAAACAGUUCAAUCGAAUGAAACAACUCGCCAAUCAGACUGUUGGCAGAGCAGAGAAAACCGAAGUGCUCAGUGAUGACCUCCUGCAGAUCGAGCGGCGGAUGGAGCUGGUGCGAGUGGUGUCUCACAACACUCACAAGAGGAUGGUGUCCUGUCUGCAGGGCCACAUCGGGGCAGAGGCAGAGAAGAGACAUAAAAAGCUGCCCCUGACAGCGUUGUCCCAGGCGAUGGUGGAGGGUGGGAGUCAGCUGGGAGAAGACUCGCUGAUAGGGAAGAUGAUGGAGGUGUGUGGAGAUGCAGAGAACCGCUUGGCCUCGGAGCUGAUGCAACACGAGCUGCAGCUGGAGAAGGACGUCCUAGACCCUUUGAGCCAACUCGCAGAGGUGGACAUCCCUAACAUCCUCAAGCAAAGGAAACAGCUGGCCAAACUAGUGUUAGACUACGAUUCUGCUCGAGCGAGAUGGUUGCAGGCGACCAAGUCCAUAAUCUCAGGAACUAACACCCAAGCACUGACGGCCAAAGCGGACCUGCUGAAGGAGGAGAUGGAUGAAGCUAUGAACAAAGUGGAGCUCUGUAAGGACCAGCUGGCAGCAGACAUGUACAGUUUCUCAUCCAAAGAAGGGGACUACGCGCGCUACUUUGUCACACUUUUAGAGGCUCAGGCCGACUACCACCGAAAGUCUUUGACAGUUCUGGAGACUGUUCUGCCCACCAUUCAAGCUCAGCAAGACUCUUGGACGGAGAAGCCGGCGUUUGGCACAGGGCUGGAGGAGCACCUGAAGAGGAGCAGCAGGGAGAUCGCUCUGCCCAUAGAGGCCUGUGUCAUGAUGCUGCUGGAGACUGGCAUGAAGGAGGAGGGUCUGUUCAGAAUCGCAGCUGGGGCGUCAAAGCUAAAGAAGCUAAAGGCGGCGCUGGACUGCUCCACGUCGCAACUAGAGGAGUUUUAUUCAGAUCCGCACGCUGUAGCUGGAGCACUGAAAUCCUACCUGCGGGAACUGCCAGAGCCGCUAAUGACAUACCAGCUCUAUGACGACUGGAUCCAGGCGUCCAGUGUGUCUGAUCCAGACAAAAGGCUACAGGCGCUGUGGGUUGUGUGCGACAAGCUACCAAAGAACAACAAAACCAACUUUAGGUAUUUAGUGAAAUUUCUUGCAAAGUUGGCCCAAGACAGUGAAGUCAACAAGAUGAAUGCUAGUAACAUCGCUAUUGUCCUGGGACCCAACCUGCUCUGGGCUAAAACAGAAGGGACCUUGGCUGAGAUGGCUGCUGCUACCUCUGUGCACGUGGUGGCCAUCGUGGAGCCCAUCAUCCUGCACGCAGACUGGUUCUUCCCAGAGGAUGUGGAGUUUAAUGUAUCUGGCAUGUUUGCGAUGCCCACCCCUGCGUCCAACCACAACAACCACUUGGAGUAUGAGAGUGGAACCAUCGAGAGGAAGAGGCCCGUGAGCAUGGUGGGACCAGAGAAUGAUGCUGCACGCAAAGACAACCCUCCCAAGCACUCGGAGCACACGCUGCGUAGAGCCAGUAACACCAUAGGUAGAAAGCAGCACAUGUCCCCUGCCUUCCAGCCCCCCCUGCCCCCUGUGGAGCCGGGGGGACAGGGUCAGGGUCAGGGACAGGGGGAGCAGCCAUCCCCUCCGCACACGGGGGCCCCGGGUCCCGACUCCCAGCAAAGCCUGGCCCAGAGCCUGGCUGCUCUGGCUGCAGCUCAGCAGCUCCUUGCACAGCACACAGAGGAGCUCAGUAACCCCAAGCAGCGCGAGACCACACUGCAGAGGAACGGCUCUGACAGAAGCUCUGACCGAGGCUCUGACAGAGGAGGGACACCCGGGGCCGGACCCACGGGACCCAGCCCACACAUGAUACGCAGAGGUACCAAGAAGCAGGCGCCCGCUCCUCCCAAACCCACCAACCCUCCCCCCAGCCAGCCUUGUGCCUCCUAGCCCCGCCCCCCACCUUCAGGCCCCACCCAAUCCACGAGCUCCAGCAGCCGCCCCCAAUCCGGCCACUCCCCCACAUCACCUAGCCCCUCCCCUUCCUCUUCCCAGCCCAACGCAACCCCGCGACGCCACUCCAACAACCAACCCCUCCAGGCACCCAGCCACCCUCCACCCGAACCCCCCACACAGUCCACCAGCCCCACCCUCGCCCCCGCUGCCACACCCGACCAGCCCAGCACCGAGGCUUCACCACCGGACACCCCCAGCCCUCCGGACUCCCCUCCACCACCAACAUCCACCCAGGACGCCUCUGCUCCCUCCACCCCCUCAACCGGCUCCCUGCCCCGCCCCAGACCAGUGCCGAGGCCCAGGAACAGGCCCACCGUGCCCCCGCCCCCACAGCCCCAGAGCACCUCAGGAGUACCCGCCGACGCCAACGGGAUCUGCGCCUCCGCCUACAAAGUCAUGGACCCUGCACUGUCCUUCAAAGGCCUGAGUCGAGUCUUUGUCCCGGACUUGGGCGACCCGUCGGCUCCGCCCCCCUCGCUGUCGCUAAGAGACUGUGAACUGGACACCGAGAGCACUGUGCUUUAACCACAACGCACCUGUCUCCUCCUCCACCUGUCAUCUGCCAUUUUGUCCACUACCUUCUUCACACAACUCACCUCUGCUGCUCCUCUCAACUGUUCAAUUUAACCACAAAAUUCUAACUUGCGUAUAGUCCGUAAUUUCCACGAACGCAUAUCAAAAUAUUACCUACACCAUACGUACAUUUAUUCAUAGUCUAGUUACAGCUACUCAACUACACAACUUAAAGAGGGGGUAUUACGCAAAAAAUUGUAGCUUUUUACAAUAUUAUUACAUUGAUUUUACAUGUCAUCCAUGCUUGUUUCAGUAAUUUAGCGAUCUCUCCUGGGCCGUGUUUAACCCCUGCUUGCGGUUAGCUGUAAGAUUCUCUGCAGUGGUCAGCCCACAAGCCUGUGUCCUUCAUGCUUUCACACAAUUCACCAUAAAUAUACAAAAGCAUGAUACAGAACUAUACACAACAACCUGACAAACCUGAUGUCAUGUGCAGUAGUUUCUUUAGCAGGAUGCACACUGAUUGUAAUGGGAGAGCACUCCGAAGUGGGAGUGACUUAGUGCAGAGAGCAAAGGGAGGGGAGGAGUGAAAUUUAUAAAACAUGUUAACAUGUUGUUUUCAGCAAAUAUAGCAUUUUCAAAUGAUAAAAGGUAACAUGGUGAUCUAAAGAUGUUAUGUGUUAACAGUUAAUAUGCCAUAGAAGUAAAAUACCCCCUCUUUAACUACACACUACCAACUGGACAAAAAUGGCCAAGAAACAGUCCUUGACAAUCAUGCCGAAAAUUACAAAAAAAAAAAAAAACUUGGGACAUUGUGGUUGUAUUUUAUGUUUUUCUGCAUUUUCAAAGGCCUUAAGAACAAAAAAUAAUUUAACUUCAUAAUGUGGGAUAAAAGGUGAACUUGUCAAACCAAAUGAUUUCACGUGUCGCUGGUGACUGCAGGUAUCCGGUCGUCUCCAACACUUUUCAUUUUGUAUGUUUAAAAAAAAAUCUCUUUCUUUCUUUCUGUUGUAUUUAUUUAUCAAAGAAAAGACAUUCCCUGUGGCUUGACAUAAUUAAAAAUGCAGUGCUUAAAGGCCUAUAUUGCACUAUUUUCUGAUCUAUGUUAUACUGUUGUUUCCUCAUCAGUAAUAGACGUGGAGGUGUGUAUUGUUUCAUUCACACGUUUAACAUACAAACCCUGCAUAUUUAGGCUGGGUUCAUCUCUCAAGCACAAAACACUCUGCUCCACCUUAUUAUGUCAUGUGGUAAUACAGGAAUUGCUCCACUGUGUUUUUAAUGUCCAUACACAUUCACUAGAAUCAUUUGGAUGAUUUGGAUUUACCAAUCUCUAUUGUAGAGGGUAAAAGGUAGCUGUUAAUUUGAAAACUAUCACUUCAUGACAUCACAAAGCAGAACAGAGCAUUUUGAGCUUUAGAGAUGUAGACCAACUAAUAAUAACAAAUUACUCAAACAUGUAUGAAUGAAACAAAACACAACUGGGUAUGUUUUCAAUGAGGUAACAACAUUAUAAUAUGCCUUAGAGCUCACAAGAAUCCAUUUUGGUGUAAUAUAGGACCUUUAAUUGUAAAUCAUGCCUUAAUAGACUUUACUGUAAGCUCAGAAACAGUGUUGCUUAUGUUUUCAGGGAAGGAGAUUCAUGUGUAUUUAAAAUGGACUUGUUCUGAGUUGCAGGGUUUAUCCAGCCUAAGGAAAAAUAAAGUCAGUAUUUGGUCAAAGGGCCCUGUGUGAGUGAAUGUAGUGAUGACCUGGACACUGAUGAUGCACUUAAGAGCUGGUCCCACUCUGCAACACUUUUCUUUAUUUAGACAUUUUCAGUUGAGUCUUUCGCGCUGAGCUGAGGCCAUGUCUGUGCCUCAGUAGUGACGUGCACAUAGACUAUGACAGGUCAAUGGUGUAAUUUCUUUGUAGCUUCAGAUACAAGGCAGAGUUCAGGUUCCAGUACAUGUCCUUAUAUGGUACUAAUGAACUGAAAUUGAAGAGAAAUUGAGCAUUAAUUAUAACUCCCUUCUUUAUAUGGUAGUUCCUGUACCUAGAGGCCUUAUUCCCUUGUAAAGAGAGCUUGGUUUGUCGAGACUCUUCAAAAUGAACAAAUGCCAUUAAAGUGAAAUGCUGCAAGCUCUGUGCUUUUGUAUGUAUGCUGUAUGUGAGCGCAAACAAGAAUAAAACAUGUCAUAUGGAUGCUUGGUUAUAUUCCUUUUCCAAAGAAAAUAAAGACUAUACUGUAUAA